CUGCCAGUCCAGCGGUGGUGGGUCCUGCCUUGGGUCCCUUUGGACGGAGGCGCUGCCGGGCCACUCUCUGGGCGGCGGUGGGCCCCGGGCGGCGGGAAGGAGGAAGGAAGGAUGGCCGGGGAGGAGGAGGCAGCUGGCGCCGGGCGUCUGAGGCGCUUCACCUGGGAGGAGAUCCAGCCCCACUCCGGGCGGUCGGAGGAGAGGUGGCUGGUGGUGGAGCGCCGCGUCUACGACAUCAGCCGCUUCCACAAGAGGCACCCGGGGGGCUCCAGGGUCAUCAGCCACUACGCCGGGCAGGACGCCACGGAUCCCUUCACAGCAUUCCAUCUGGACAAGACUGUAGUGAGAAAGUACAUGAAGCCGUUACUCAUUGGAGAACUUGCAGAUGACCAGCCCAGCUUUGAACCUGGCAAAAAUAAAAAUCUUAUCGAGGAUUUCCGCGAACUCCGUGCUACCGUGGAGAAGAUGGGGCUCCUGCAACCUAACCGUCUCUUUUUCCUCCUGUACCUCAUUCACAUCUUGCUACUGGACGUGGCUGCUUGGCUCAACAUGUGGUACUUUGGAGCCUCCUUGCUGCCUUUUCUCUUUUCUGGAUUGCUGCUUGGCAUCGUCCAGGCCCAAGCUGGUUGGCUGCAGCAUGAUUUGGGACACCUCUCAGUCUUUGGCAAAUCUAAAUGGAACCACUGGGUUCACAAAUUUGUGAUCGGACAUCUGAAGGGGGCCCCAGCCAGCUGGUGGAAUCAUUGGCAUUUCCAGCACCAUGCAAAACCAAAUUGUUUUCGCAAGGACCCUGAUCUUAACAUGCAUCCUUUGAUUUUUGCCUUGGGAAAGAAACUCUCAGUGGAGCUUGGUAUAAAGAAAAAGAAAUUCAUGCCUUACAACCAUCAGCACAAAUACUUCUUCAUCCUUGGACCACCAGCCCUGGUGCCUUUCUACCUCCAGUGGUAUGUCUUCUACUUUGCUGUCCAGCGCAAACAGUGGGCGGACCUGGCCUGGAUGGUGACUUUCUAUAUCCGGUUCUUUCUGACAUUUUCAUUCUUUUUGGAUCUGAAGGGCCUUCUUGGGCUUUUCCUUUUGGUCAGAAUCAUUGAGAGUCACUGGUUUGUCUGGGUGACCCAAAUGAACCACAUUCCAAUGAACAUUGAUUACGACCAGAAUGUGGACUGGGUAUCAACUCAGCUCCAGGCAACAUGCAAUGUAGACCAGUCCUUAUUCAAUGACUGGUUCAGUGGGCACCUGAAUUUCCAGAUUGAGCACCACCUCUUCCCCACUAUGCCUCGGCACAACUACUGGAAGGUUGCUCCCUUGGUGAAGUCGAUAUGUGCAAAAUAUGGCAUCGAGUAUCAAUCGAAGCCCUUGCUGAGAGCCUUUGCAGACAUUGUAUACUCACUGAAGGACUCAGGGGAGCUGUGGCUGGAUGCAUACCUGAAUAAAUAAGAAGCAAGUGGUAUUGUAUGGGGGAAGGGGGAUGCAGAUUUCCUCACCCUUGCUGCCUCCCACAAGAUAAGAGAUCAAAGACCUACUUUAAUUGAAGUGGGCACUGGAUGACCUGAAUCCUGGGUGUAAUAUUUUGAGGUGUUGUUUUUUCUUCCCCCUUUAUUCCUGCAACUCCUCCUUUCUCCUCUUGAACAAGAUAACAGAGAUGUCCUUUUAGAAACCCACAUUCACCAAAGUGAGAUCCUUCAGGUCCAGGAAAAGGGCCAGCAAACUUCCCUGUGCCAUUUCACUGAACUUUGUAUGUUUGAAAGUAAAUCUGAAUGUAGGAAUCCCUAGGAUUUCUGUUGCCUUGGUAUCCAGCUGGCCUUGCUUUGUCCCAGAAUAAAAUGAACAAGUACAUGAUUAGAAUAUGAUUAAUGAGGCUGAGAGGAGAAGAAGAAGAAAUGCAGAUGCCGAGAAAGGGGGCUGCUGCUUGAGAAUAUCGGAUUUUACAUGAUGGGAAUGGAUUAGUUUGACCUUGGAGAAAGGUAGGCACAGAGACAAGAUGUGACUACAAAAGCCAAACUCUGUGGGUAUCCUUGUGAGAACUGCCAAAUUAAAUGGGCAUGAGUUCUAGGGCUGUACUUUGGAACUGGGCAAAGGAAUCUGCAUUCUUUGCUCAGGAACUCAUUAUAUUCCUGGCUGUAUUUCUCUCCCAAAUAUAAAGAUGUGCCAGAGUUACCUAUGUGCCAACAUGGGACCAUUGUUGACAAUAAAGAAUGUUAAAUGAUGGACUGAUGGUUGAUCAUAGCCACAGAGGGAAAUUGGUGCUCUGCUCCAUUAGUUCAGCUACUAAUAUGCCUCCAGGUGUUCCAGCGAAAAGCCAGAUGCUAUAUUUGUGCAGUCAUGGAGUGGCACUCUUUCUGUACUCUAUUGUUCAAUUACUAAGGGCUCUUUCUGUGUCACACAAUUGCAUUGCAUUAAUUCUGUUGUAUGGUCAGACACAACAAACUUGUCAACAGGGAAUACCUUUACCUUUACUUUAGUAAUAGGACAAAAUCUCUGGACCAUGUGCUCCUCAGAGAGAGGAUGUUCCCAUGUGAACUGAAGAUACUUCUAUGUAGGGAUUUUCAGACUGGGCUAUACAAGAUAGCUGCUCCUCACCUGGUUCCCACUAGAUAUUUUGGGUUAGAACUCUGCUCAUUGUUCAUGAUUGACUGGAGUCAAAGAGAGUUGACUACCAGAAUGUCAGAAGAUACUAAUUUGGGAAGAUAGCUUGCUCUACAUUAAGGGGAAAAUUCAUUAAGUCUUUGUUUACUUCAGGGAUCUUUUUGUAUCAUGGAUGGGAAUCAUAAGGUCCUGCAGAUAUUGGAUUGCAAAUUCACAUGAGUCAUAGCCAGCAUGUUUAAUGGGGGUUGCAGUUCGGUAACAUCUGGAGGGUCACAUGAUCCCCAUUCCUGCUUUAAAUGAUCCUUUUUUAAAAAUGGGAAAUGGUUCCCCAGAAGUGCCUUUGCUCUCUAGUUCUUUCUUAGCUGCUUAUUCAUGCAAAUACAAUCUAGAUAAUGAAACGGAUUUAAGUAGGGCAUUUCACCUGUGUGAAACAAAUGUUCCCUCCUGGUGAUAUUUCUCUUUCUUGCAAUUUGACUGUACCAUCUGAGAAAUAGAUUCCCAGGAUCUUGCUCUUGAUCCUACUCCAAAGGCAGCCAACAGGAAAGUGUAUUUUAUAUUUUCACAUGGAAGCAUAAAAGCCCUGUUCCAAAAUCUGAGUUGUCUUACAUUUCAACAACAGAUAGGAAUCUGACUGCAUGAGCUGCAAAGUAGAAUGGAAAUUUAAUUAUACUGAAAGUGGCAGAUAGAAGAGAGUCAUUGUUUCCUACUGCUGGCCUCACUAAUUUUCCUUAAGGAAAAUCAUAUAAGACAGAACUGAGAUGCAAUGUACUGGCUUGCCUAGUGCUUUGAUCCCUAUGGUUCUGGACAGGAGAGGGUGCCCUUUGACAAGCAGUAUAGACAAACCAUCUUUGAAUAUUCCUUGCCUAAGGAAAUCCUCUGAAAUUCUUGGGAUUGUUGUACGUCGACAGGUGACUUCUAGCUAGUCUACAGAGCCUGCAAGGGAGCAGCCGUCUAACCAAGCCAGUACAUUGUAUCACCCACUGAUGUCUUGUGGGGCAGAGAAAGCAUGUCACCUUAUAACAUUUGAUAUCACCAAUGCAAGACACUAGAGCUGGCUAAAGUGAGUGCAGGAGAAAGGAGGGGCAUUUCUUGGCAUGUUGUUUCAUAGAAAAUGAAACUCCAUAGCAUUUUUCUACAUCUUUCCUUCUGGAUGCUGAUUCUGGUAUGUGUUGACUAUCAGCUAAGAAGCAAGCAUCUAUCAGUCUUCAUUCUUUUGGAAAUAAAUGUCCUCAUUGCACCUGUUGCAGUGUGCCAGCAAGCCUGAUAAGUUUCUAAGUGAAGCCAAACUACAUGAGAUGACAACCCAGCCUUCUUAAAUUGUUGGCUAACAGCAAAGUAGGAAUAGGGGUAGACUUAUGCACAAGUUCUAGUUUAGGGAGCCAGGUGAGGAGAGGACUAAAUACAAUAGCAAAGAUUAAAAACAAAAAAAUGGGUGGAACUUCUGAAAUGUGACAGUACUGUAGAUUGGAGUGGGGAUGGAGCAGUUAGCAGUCUGGCUGUUGAAGGCCGAAAGUCCCACCAAAGCAAUCAGCAUGGUCAGUGAUGGAGAAUGUUGAGAGUUGUAGUCCAACAGUAGCUGGAGGGCCACAUUGUGUCCACCCCAGUUUAGAGUUGUUGCUUAACUUAAAUAGGAGAGCAAGCAUGGUGUAGUGGCUUGAGUGUUGGACUAGAAUUCUGGGUUUGGGAAAAGUCACCACUGGGUUAUUUUAAUCAAGUUACACUCUCUCAGCCUAAGAGGAAGAUAAAGGUAAACUCCUGUUAAUAAUCUGACCAAGCAAAGUCUGUGAUGGGUCCACCCUAAGUCCGAGUUGACGUGAAUGCACAUAAUAACAGAUUUCUUAACUUGACCAUGCAUAUCUUUGCAGAUAAUAUUCUAGAUGGGGAGCACAGUGCUGGUAGAGAGAGGGUAAUGAGCCCCUUUACCCCAUGCUGGCUUUCCCAGCAGCUGCCCUUGUGUUACUGUUUGUCUUGAUAAGUAAUAGCUAUUGUAUGCAGGCUGUGGGCAUACCUUUUUCAUAAAAGUGUGAAAAGCAGCUAAUGGUAGUAUUUUCAGUGGGCAAACAACAGUGGAGGAAAGAACACACCCCCCCACAAGUUGAUCUGGGCCACCACCAAUUAUUUGUCAAAAUAUGUUUCAAGAGCUCUUACUACAGAUCUGCUGUCAAGUGUGGAAGUGAGAGAGUAGAAGGGUAUGAUGAGUUUGCAUAUGAUUCUACUCCCAGCUCAACUUGCUGGGUGUGUAUAAUUUAAAAAGGGGGCUAUUAAAUUUGGCUCAUGUUAAAAGAAUGGUGUGUGUGUGUGGAUAAAAACAACAUAUCUUCUGUUCAUUUCCCCACCCCCCAAAAUGGGGAUACUGAAGCUGCCAUUACAUGAUGAAGCAAGUGUUGAAUAAAGAAUAGUAGUUUAAGUAAA